AUGGCUUCAAAUCUGCCAGAAGACUUGCUGCAAAACAUAUUCAUCUAUCUCCAGCCGGAGCUCGUCGAGUCGUACAUCGGGCCAUGCUCACGAGCGAAUCGCCCACUAUUCUCGAGUUUGGCCAAUGUCUGCAGAGCCAGCAAGACGUGCUACCGCCUAGCAAGCCCGCUGCUUUACGACACCAUCGAAAUCUACGGCACCAGGAACUAUCGCGGUAGCCAACCUGCAGUCUCGGGAUUUCGACCGCCGCCCAAGUCAAGCGGAUCAAGGUCGAGCAAUUUGCCACCACUCCGCCAAGUGCUUCGGCGGAGAGGCAAGAACACCGAUGACCCAAAAAGACCUGGGGAAGUGGACCUGCAGACACGAGAGGUAUUCGAUCACGCUAUUGGGCGCCUGGACAUUUCCCAACAGCUUCAAAGUUCUCUCCAGGAUGGCCUCUCCCAUGGUCUUGAAGAUGCGAUGUUGGCCGUUUUCCUGGCUCUAUGCCCGGAAGUGGAACAUCUGGAAAUGAUCGCAGUCUUUUCACUGAGUGAUACGCUUACCAUGGCACUUGCAAAUGAGCUCAUUGCGAACGAGAUUCAUGGCCAUACACAAGGAAGACCAUUCGGGAGAUUGCAAUCCUUGGCAAGCUCCGAACCUCAGGACACGGCGACAGACAACCCGCCGCCGCACAAUGUUUCGCCGCUCCUCACCCGUCUUUACAUUGAUAGAGGUGUUCUGGACGAUGCUGGUCUAGAACUGCUCUUCAAACUGUUUCCAAGCGUGCGAGAGCUCUCGUAUAGCGAGGGUGACAUGAUCGAGUGGAUGUUCGAAGCUGAGCGCAUUGGAGAUGGGCUUCGUCGGCAUGGUACAGGCCAGGAGAAGCUUAAGCUCGACCAGAUGGAAUUGAUGCUGGGGUAUCUGGGCGAUCCGAGCAGUCUCAGUAAGCUGAUGCACUUCAGCGUUGAUGUGUCCAUACUACUGGGCGGAUUUGAUGACGAGUCGGACACACAGUGGGAGCAAGCUCCACAGCUACUCGAUAUACUGCCGGCGUCUCUGCAGUUCUUUGGCCUGUUCUUCGGUGACCAUCAGAUGAAGGAUUACUGGUGGGUUGUUGAUCGACAACUUUCGGAACUCAUGGGAAGUGUCAGGUUCGAGGCAUUGUCCACGAUCGAGCUGCGUCGAGUGACCAAGUUUCACGAAGCCGACCUUGGGCUUGGAUGGAGCAUCGCCUGUGCAGAUGAGAAGUUCUCAAGGCUGCGACGAAAGGGAGAAAGAUGUGCCUAUUGA